AGCUGUUGAAUGACGGCCGUAGCUCUGUGUUGACACUUCAGUGCCGAGCCAACAUCUGAGACCCAUACGGGCCUACCUAUUUCAUAUUUAUACCGUGGAAAGCUAUCAGAUGAAAGAGGAGAACCGCCUGAUCCCGUUUAAUCACCGGGGGAUGUCACGUACCGUGUGCAGACUGCGUGACAAGACGACACGGUGUCGAGGCUGAGCGGACGUUUUUCACAGGUUGAUGAUCCGUAUUUGGCACCGAAGCAGGGAAACCAGCAAAAGUAAAUACAUGGUUUUUAGUCUCUAUAAGCUGCUCAUAGACGAGACACACAGGCGUGCAUUUAAACGACUCAUAGGCGGUGCCUGCUAUUUCCUGGAAAAAGGAGAUCUCCGACCAGAAUGACAUGUUUAACGUGUGCAGGUUGUGGUUUAUUCGCUGAAGUUGACGCUCAGACUUGGGCUACGAGCAGCAUGUAAGAGGCUUGUCCGUCAAUAAGGGACUUGCACAUUUUGACAGAUAGCCAAUCAAAUCUGUUAUUCAAAUCGACCCGCUUAUGUCAGUGACCUAUAUCUCAUGCCUGUGCGCCAAGAGUCCACAGUAACCUCUCCACCAGACCAGACAGCAUGGGGAUCAACGGGUUAGACAAUCAAGCGCAGCCGUCCGGUGGAGAUUCCCGGACGGAGCAGCCAGCUGCAGAUUCUCGGAUGGAGCAAAGAGAUGCUCCCCAAGAAGAAGACAAGAGCAAAGAUGACCAGGCUGCUGGCAGCGAGUGUAAAAUCGUGCAAGAAGACAGUGCCGUGCAGCUGAUCGAGGCCGGGUGCAAGCCGCCCCUCUCCCCGGCUUCUGAAUCUGAAGCGGGAGUCCAGGUGGACACGCACGGCCACGGCGCCGGAUUUGUCCCACCCGAGGGGGGUUACGGCUGGCUUGUGGUGUUUGCAGCCACCUGGUGCAAUGGAUCGAUUUUCGGGAUUCAAAACUCUUUCGGCAUCCUGCAUAUGAUGCUGGUAAAGGAGCAUGCAAACCCAGACGACAAGACGUCUCAAUUCAAAGUGGCCUGGGUCGGGGCCCUGGCCAUGGGCAUGAUCUUCUUCUGUUCACCUGUGGUCAGCAUGUUCACAGACCGCUUCGGCUGUAGGAAGACAGCUGUCAGUGGCGCAGCAGUGGCUUUUAUAGGGCUGCUCAGUACAUCUUUUGCAAACUCCCUAAGCCUUCGCUAUUUCACAUAUGGCAUACUGUUCGGCUGUGGCUCCUCAUUCGCCUUCCAGCCCUCGUUGGUCAUCCUCGGCCACUACUUUCGCCAGCGCCUGGGCCUGGCCAACGGUGUGGUGACGGCCGGUGCUAGUCUGUUCUCCAUGGGUCUCCCGGUGUUCCUCAACAAAGUCGUUGAACCUCUGGGCCUCAGCAGAACCUUUCAGAUCCUCAGCCUCUUCAUGCUAGUCCAGGCACUGCUGGCACUGUUGUUCAAACCUUUACUGCCUGCUGGAGGAGGCAUGGGACCACCAGGCAUGGGUCCUGGUCCUGCCAAUCCCCAAACCCAGCCGGGGGCCACUGCUCAGGGGGGAAGCCAAUGGAACAGGAUCUUAAGUGGGGUCAGGAAAUACUUCAACCUGCGUGUUUUUCACAUCGUGACAUACCGAGUAUGGGCAUUUGGAGUAGCCACAGCUGUAUUGGGUUACUUCGUACCAUAUAUCCAUCUGAUCAACUUUGUGAAGGAGCAGUUCAAGGACACCCAGAAGGAAUGGGUUCUCCUGGUUUGCAUAGGUGCUUCAUCUGGGGUGGGACGCCUCGCAUUUGGCAAGAUUGGCGACCUCAUUCCUGGUAUUAACAAGAUCUACAUGCAGGUGGUGUCCUUCGUAGCUCUGGGCCUGAUGUCCAUAAUGAUUCCACAGUGCUCAGUGUUCGAGGGCCUGGUGGUUGUGUGUGUGUUCCUGGGACUUUGUGACGGCUGCUUCCUCACCAUGAUGGCUCCCAUAGCUUUUGAGCUGGUUGGCCCCAUGCAGGCCUCGCAGGCGAUAGGCUACCUUCUAGGGCUUAUGGCUCUUCCCAUGACAGCAGGUCCACCCAUUGCUGGUCUCCUACAUGAUUACUUUGGGAACUACACGGUGGCUUUCUCCCUGGCUGGGGUUCCUCCUAUGGUGGGGGGCGUGGUGCUGUUCUUUGUGCCCCUGAUACAUCGGAGGCUCCAGCGAGGCCAGUCAGCAGCGUCACCGGAGGAGACGUCCACGACGGCCCACAUGCUGCCCACCGCCCAACCAGCAGGGGAGCCCAAGAGCUGCUCCAAUGGGGACAUCCUGCCUGGCUACACUGAUGUAGAAACACACAUUUGAGUCGCAGAAUACAAAGGGAUUCAGCCCACCAGCACCUUUUUCCUUAUCCUUAGAUUGCCCUCCUCCUAACUCAACCAUGGACUUCCUGUUGGCUGACCUUUCACCCUCCUGGACUCUCAAUGGCUGUUUGUUAUUUUCGUGUGGAGAGAAAUCGAAAAGGGCGCUCUGGCUUGAAAGCCACAGAAAGGACGAAAAGAACGCACUUCAGCAUAGGAUGAUGGACACGUGUAAGGAGGAUAAGCACAACAUAGUCUCAUGUAGGAUUGUUUUAUCCGGAGACUUAGUAAAAGUAGUAAAAAAAAAAAAAAACCUCCAAGAGGAGAAAAAUUAAGAGAUUUUAACUGAUACGUUCUGAUUUCCCAGCCUUUAUCCCUUAGCUUUUUGAAGCUUUGUGAAAAAUACACUGAUUUAUUUUUAGAUUUCACAUAAACAAAUUAACAUAAGAGGCAUAUAAAGUAAGAAUUAAUGAAGGGAUAAAUUCAUGCUUUCUUUAUGUAGUACCUCAUGCAUCUAAUGUUUUUUUUUUUAACACAAUGCGUUUUAUUUAGUUGUGUAGCUGUAACAGUCUCAUCCUGAGUGAUUUGCAGGUUUGCUUUUUUUAUAUAUUCUGCUGUUUUCUACUGAGACAGAGAAACAUAAAUGUUGUAAAUGUCACAGGAGACAACAGACAAUUCUUCUGAGAGAUCAGCCACCAGACACAAUCACCUCAAGUCAACCGCACACUGUACCACUCUGUAUUCACACCCAGGGUCUUAAAACUUCAGCAACACGACUUCAACUUCUCUACCAGCCAACCUGCACGGCAGACAGAUGUGGUAUUGUGGCAGCUGUUGAUUCCACUGAUUCGUAUGCCAUGAGCCGUCAAGUGUUAAAUUCACGGUUUUAAUAUAGGUCACUGAUUUUGCAGCAUGUGGCAGGUUAACGCAUGCAGCCACGGUCAGCAGGGGUGAGUUGUUGUGAGAGUGCUGUCUGAAUUAAUGAAAGUUGACACUACAGUUGAUUUAAAGUCUUCUCAUGAGUCUGUACAGCUUUAAUCCCCCCCCCCAAUCAUCACACUCUGCCGUUUUUAUUGGCCUUGUAAAGUUUUAAGAGGUUGCUAGACAAAUCCGCAGAAACUGUGUUUGCUAUGGCUUGGAAAUUUUUUUUGUAGUGUGCACACUGUAGACUUGUUUAGGUGAAAACUGUCGGUAGCAUAGAUUGUUUUCGUCAAUUUCCGAAAAUGCAUUUUGUAUUAUUUUUUUCUAUACUUUUCUUCUGUGCACUGCACCUACAUUUUUGAUAGAGGCAGUUAAGUAAUAUGAAACUACUACGUUACAAAACUAAGGAGCGGGGACUACUAAGUUGACCUGAGUCCUCAUCAGGCCAUCUCACAGAUAAUCCAAUCAGUUUGCUGCUUUAGUUUAGUUUUGUGUCACGAGAGCGUCACUCACUGUGUUGGCAGUAAUGAAACAAAACAUCACAACCUCACUGAGAUAUUUCCUCAAUAGGAUAGUUUGCAGUUAUGUUUCAUAAACAUUAGGACCACUUACCUCUGUACUCUUAGAUUACAAGUUCUCUUGAACACUUGAAUUUAAAUGAACAGAUGUGAAGUAGAGCUGCAAUAAUUGACUGUUCAAGUUACACUCUGUGGUUAUAUGCAUAACUGAAUAGCAGAGGGGGGGGCAUGGUACACAGUAAGGAAGGAAAUGCUCCGGUGUUCGGGUGGUAUUCCUUUCUGUCCAUCUUCCUCUUUGCUUUCACUGCCAUAAUUCAGCCAGUUCAGUCAGUUUCUGUGUUACACUUCAGCAGCCCCAAAGCUACACAAACCUCACUGCUGAGUAUAGUUUUGUGGGCUGGGGGUAAUGCUAUAGGACAAACAGUUCUGGACAUGAAACAUACACCUCAGAAAUAUACCUCAGAAAUCAAACUAUCCUCAGCAAUCCAGUGGAAACUGUUGACAUUCUGCAUUAAUUUAUAGCAUCAGUGUUCUGUGUAGUGGUUUGUUACUGAACCAUUCUCAGAGCCACAAAGCUGCCAAACACCUGUUUCCAAUCAACCUUGCUUCCUCCGAAUUCUCAUUAGUGUCCACAAAACUGUGGAAAUGUGACACUUCCAUUCCCCAUAAUCUAACAGUUGGUGCAUUAUGAGUUUAUAGAUUUAUUCUUCCUGCUUAUUUCGCCUUUAUAUCCACUUGUUUCUUUGUUUUUAAUCCUCACCGGUCCUCUCUUACUGUAUCUCUACCUUCACAUUAUCUUCACACAUUAGCUCCUCUCUAUUGCAGCCUCAUAUUUCUGUCUGUGAUUGAAGAAAUGCAGGUAUAUAAAUGUGAUAAAAGAGAUACUAAACCAUAAAUGGUGGAGAUCCAUACGAUUGUUAAAGCAUGUUUGAAAGCAGAAACAUAGGCCUCUAGUUUGACUGAGGUAGUGUUACAGUCCGGGCUGCGAGAGGCACACUAGCUAAGUUUGAGUUAAAUUCAUCAGCCUCUAAAGAAAUUAUAUCAGAUGAACCUGAACAUUGAGCUCCUGCACAGUGAUCAAAUCAUUGAGCUCAUUUCAAAUUUAGAAAUAAGGAAACAGCUCCUCAUCACUUUCAAAGUGACUAAUUUUACAGCACUUUGUUUUAUAGGUAUGCCCCCCAUACCUAAUAAUGGUUAACUGUGAAAUUUAUUUAAUUAAUUUAUUUCAUUUUUUUGUGUGAUGAAGAUUGCAGCCGAUGCUUUCUACAAAAUGGCAGAACUGCAUGUAAAAUCAAUAACCCACAGCCUGAAGAGCUGAUUUUCAUUGUUUGGAGUGCGAUUUAAAGAUGACAUUUUUACAGAAAUUAAAUAAAGAGGCAACCUUUAUUACAUUUGCACAGCACUACCUUGAAAUUCUGUUACAUCUCCACUAAAAAAAGAAAUCGUUACUUACAUGUUGCACUAGUCUGCUGCUGUCAAACUAGAGGCCUGUGUCACGAAAGUCUCACAAUCUGGCAAAAGAAUAAGUGAAUGAUACAGAGGGCUGAACCAGCCAUAUUGGAGGACCACAGCCUUUUGUUUACCAAUGGCUGAUUGUGUUUCUAUGCACAAAAUGUAUCCGGCUCUUUUUUUUUUUUGACUGUGAACUGAUAUGUUGUUGUUUGUUUCUUUUUUUUCUUUUUCUUUUUUAUGUUGGAUAUGUCUUCAUCUUUUUAGUCAUUGUUGUUUUCCGACAGAUAUAUUUGAAGGAGAGGAGAUGAGGAGUGCAAGCAAGAUGUUUUGGUCACAGCAUUACAAAAAACAAAUCUGCCUUACUGAACAGCUGUGAUGCACCAGAAACAGUGACUAGAUUUGAGACACAACUGCAAAGCCGCUAUAGUGAAUUUUUCAGAUUAAUAUUCAUUUGAUUAUUGAUUAUUUGAUUGAUUUUUUUUUUUUUUUUUUAAUUUGUUCUCACUAUAGUCAUUGUCACUCCUGGAUCUCUCUUAACAGCCUUUUAAUUAAAUUUCACUGGAGUCAGACUCAUUCAGUUUCUGCUUAGAAGCAGCUGAGUUCUCCAUUUUACUAGAAAAUUGAUAUGUAUCAACAUAUGUACUUUAUAUACUUUGUAAUAGGUUUUAAUUAACUUAAUUAUAAACUGUUUUAUUUUGUUAGAUUGUUUUUGACAAUUUUUUUUUGUUUGUUUUUUUAAAAAUUUGUUGGUGAGUGUAAUGACACGUUUUAAAGACUACUGGAAAAAGAAAGAACUAUCAAGCUAAUAUAUAAAAGUGAAGGAGUUGAAUGAAUGAAGAAUGGCACAGUACAUGUGUAUGGUUGCAUGAUGUGUGCUGAACCAGCUUGCCAAAGUCCUUUUUGUCUAUGCAGCAUCGCUGGGCUUGCGGUCCACUUCCUGUGAUAAAUGUUUACUUGGAUUCCCAAGUUUGCAUUUGUCUCCUGUAGCACUCUGGGCUGUAGCCUGCAGUAGUUUCAGGACCAGCUAAAUCUACGGUAAAGCCCCUUACCUAAACUAUAAACUAUCAACACUACUACGUGUUUUAUUGUUUUUAUAAUUAGAACUUUUUGGAGCCGUAGUUGUUUUCAAGUCAAAAUGGUGAAAACUUAACAUUGCUCUCCUGUCUUGGCUUUUCUUUACUGGUGCUUGCACGCGGCAUAUAUUAUGCAAGUCAGAGCUAAAGAGAGACACACUGGCACAUAAAUAAGGACAGGCUGAUAUCAGUUACUGUCCUACACGUGGCAAGAUUACGCUAGCAGGCACUAUUUGACUCUUUGGUGUUAUUUCUUCUUCAUGAAUUAACAGUUAAUCUGUCAUAUUUACUUAUUUGAUCACUUUAUAUUUAACUAUGGCUUCAGUUCUUUUAACAUGUGCUCGGACUUACUGCUGAUUUCUAUUGGUGAAUUUCCAGGAAACCUGCUCCUCUGACCUAAGUCUCUGCUUUAAGUUUAACUGCUGUGCUUUUCCUUAGCCUGAAACCAUACAAACAAUACACGAAACAGGAUAGAUGAAGGUCUAUAUAUCGUGAAGCUGAGCCAUGAUUUGCAAAAAGACUCGUCAUACACUGCCGUGGACCACUUCCAGCAAGAAUACUUUUUCCACUCUGUUGCCAGUACGGGCCAUAAUUUUUAAAUCAUGUGUGAAGGAAAUGUUUUUACUGCUCCUGAAUAAUGUCGAAACAUUUUUAUGCUCCAUAUGUUGUAGGGACCCUGUAUCAUUCGUGCAUAUUUUGUUUGACUGGCAUCAUGUUUUCACAACUAUAACUAUUCCAGCCUUUUCUGAGGACAUAUUCUCAUUUAUAUUUCUGUUUGGUUACCAGGGCAACGCUUGGCCCAGGCCUUCCCACAGCCUUACAUGUUGAAAUAUGAGUAAUAUUUCAGUGCAGUGCUCUGCUAAACUUACCUUCUCUAACCUCCAGUAAGGUUGCUGCAGUUAAACCUCUAUUGCCUGUCUUCUCUUCUUAAAGCUGUCAGCCUAUGCCUCCCUACACAAGCUAUACUUUUUUUUUUCUUUUUUUUUUUAAAAUAUGAAUACAUGUUUUAGUCAUGUUCUAACAAGGUCAGUGACGCCGCAAGAUCUGAAAUUAAGUCAUGCUGCUAGAAAAAAAUUAAUAUAAUUUUUGUGUUUUUGUCAAAGUAAUUUUGAAUCUGUAUCAAAACAGGCACAUGUUUUCUAUUAAACCAACAAUAAAGAUGUAAUAU